ACUCCUGCUCCCGUUUCUUUAUCCGGUCAUCCCAAACUUCCCCGGUGCCACUCCCUCGCCAUGGCGGCGGCCUCCUCCCUCUCCUCCUUGCUCCGCGCAGCCCCGCUCUUCCCCACCAACCCUCGCCGUCUCCACCCCCAGAAACCUACCACCAAAUCCCUCUUCCCCGCGCUCGCCAUCCGCUGCGACGCCGCCACCACAGCCGACGCGUCGGGGCCCCCGCCCCGUCCCCUCCCGCCGCCAAAGCUGGUCCGCUGCCCUGCGCUAGACCGCCAGGCGGCGCGCGCAAGCCGCCUCCGCUUCGCGCGCAAGCUCCUCACCCUCCUUCUCUCGAAGCCGCGCCACUUCCUCCCGCUCCGCGUGCUCCGCCGCUGCCGCCGCUUCCUUGGCCUCCCGCGCCGCCGCCCGCUAAUUCCUUUCGUGCUCCGGUACCCGACGCUCUUCCGCCUCUUCCAGGCCCCCACCUCCCGCCCGCUCUCGCCGUCCCUCUCCACGCUCGCUGUCGCGCUCACCCCCGCCUCUGAGGCCCUCGCCGCUGACCUCGCCGCGCUCCGCGGCGGCCCCGCGGUCGCGCCCCGCCUCGCGGGCAAGAUCCACCGCCUCCUCCUCAUGACCCCGCGCCGAAGCCUCCUGGUGAACAAACUCGCCCACCUCGCCCCCGACCUCGGCCUCGCCAUGGACUUCCGCGCCACGCUCUGCCCCCGCCACCCCGACCUCUUCGCCCUCGUGCAUACCUCCCGCGGCCACGCCCUCCAGCUCGCUGAUCCCCCGUCGCCACUCCCUCCGCCGCUCCCUCCUCUCCGCCCCGCCUCGCCGCCCGACCGCCUCAUGGACCGGCCGCGGAGAUUCCCCCACCUCCCGCUCCGCCGCGGGCUCAACCUCCGCCGUGCGCACCGGGAUUACCUCCUGCGGUUCCAUAGUCUUCCCGAGGUGUCCCCGUUCGAGCAGCUGGAUGAGAGCGCCGGCUUGGAGAUGUUGGAGCGGCGGGCGUGCGCUGUGGUGCGGGAGGUGCUGGCGAUGACGGUGGAGAAGCGGACGCUGGUGGACCACCUCACGCACUUCAGGCGGGACUUUGGGUUGCCGAACCGGCUACGCGCGAUGCUGUUGCGGCACCCAGAGAUGUUCUAUGUGAGCGUAAAGGGGGUGCGCCACUCAGUGUUCCUUGUGGAGGUGUUCGAUGAUGAUGGGAGGAUUUUAGUGGAGGAUGAGAUGCUAGUUGGGAGGGAUAGGCUGGAGGAGCUUGUCCGGGAGGGAAAGCAGAUGAGGCGUGCCCGAAAGAGAGGUGUUCUUGCGCUUGGCGGUGACAGUGAUGAUGAUGAAGAUGAUGACAAGGCAGAAGAGGAUAACUUCUUAGAGGAUGAUGAGGAAUUUGGGGACUUGUUUGAGGAUGAUGCCAUUGGGAAAGACUGGGAGGAGGUGGGUGAUGGAGGCGGAAGCGAGGGGGGUGACGAGUAUGAUGCUGAAUCGGAGGUGAUGGAAGAGUUUUGGGUGAAAAAAGCUGUGGCUGAAGGUCUGAUUGAUAGUGGCAGCGAGCAGGAUGUCUGGUGAGCUGUAUCAGCGAGCAGCAUGCUAGUGAGGACCCAGAAUUUCUCAAAUGCGCUCUUCUCAGCAAUUUACAUACACCAGAGGAAGUAUCAGUAAAUAACCUGGUUGUUGUCUUGGGCCUACUAAUCCCAUUUGUGCUCUAUUACUAGAGUUGAGCGUCCGAUGACAAACACACAUGGGACGCUCCGUUGGGCCCACAACAAGGAGAGGAAAGGAACAGAUCUGAAUAUUAUCCCACCGGUGUGACUCGCUGCUCCGUCCUCUCCUCUUCUCUCUCCCAGAUCCAUCUUGCGAUCAUAGCUCCAUAGUCUUGCUUGGUGCUUGCUGCUGAACAUCCAAAUGUGUAUGGUUGCAUAGGGAGCAGCUCAAUCCGGUAGAAAAGAGAAGCCGAGGGCAGAUCAAGCAGCUUGCUCAAUCUUCGAUUUGUGCAUAGAGUAGCUUGAUAUAGUAGCUUCCGAUGAGGACGCCUGACUCCCUCUCCACAUCUCUUUUUAUGUUGCAGCAGAUGAUUUUUUAGGUUAGGAUUAUAUUAUUUUUGGUAUUGCAGUAGAUCUGACUUUUUUAUGGAUGUUGCAACAGACAAUUUAUGACGUUGCGAUAGUUGACUUGUGAUGUUGCAAUAGUUGAUUUGAGAUGUUGGAUCUUUUCAUUUUUGGUUUACUACAACAUUAAUUUCACUGUGAUGUUGUAUGCU